CAGGAAACUCAUGGCAGAGAAGGGUCUCCAUCAGAAGCACUCUCUGGACUAUCCAUUGCUGAAGGACUUUGGAACAUACCUGAAGAGAGACCUGAGCAACGAGAAUUUUAAACCUAAGUCGAAAACGUUGCACGUUUCCUCUUCUACAUGGACCCACGUCAACCAUCCCUGGAGUUUGUCCGUGGCCGGGAAAAGAUCCAGCAGUACCUCCGUGAGCUCUCUGAUGCCAAACUCACCAAGCAGACCCAGCAGAAUUACAUCAAGAGCUUGAAAAGAUUCCUGGUGUACCACACCGUCAACACCAACCUGAGGCACGAGGAUGAGACACUCUAUGGGGACUGCAAGCACUUCAUAGACUUCAUUUGGUCUCUGCAGAAAUGCCUCUCCAUGCAAGUGAGCAAAGAAAUCACCAAAAGGAGGCAUGACAUGUUGACUGACAACCAACAGCUGACACCACACGACUGCUUGGCUGUGCUGAGAGCUGGCAAAAAGGACUUCUUGGAAGUCAUCACCAAGUUGACUGAGGACAAGGGUACAACCCUGGAAUUACCUGAUUUCAGCCUUGUGGUGUACUAUCUCCAGGCAGUGGUCAUCCUGAAACACCUCCAACGACCAGUCGUGGUUGAGCACAUGACUGUCCAGGAGUGGAUUGUGAGAAAGACCGACAAGAAGGGCAACGCCAUGGUUGGAGUGAAUGAGCCCAAGACCGAAGCACGACAAGUGGCCACGUUUGCCCUGUCACAGGAGGAGGAGUUUUGGUUUGACAUGUACUACACACGGGUGCAGCCAAGACUCCUGAACUCCAAGAAGCGCAAGAGGUACGAGACCGAAGAAGAAGAGUGUUUCUUCAUCUCCACCAAGGGGAGGCCAAUCUACAGUGCCUCCAAUGACCUGAACCGGCUGCACAUAAAAUACAACCUUCAGCCAGUGACCAGCCAGUUGGCACGCAGAAUCUUUGAGGCGGCCACCAAGACUUUGACGGAGACAGAAAAGUCUCUGAUGGCCGACUACCUCACGCAUUCCACUGCAACAGAGGAAAAACGUUACCGCAUGAAGCAGACGGGUGCUAUUGUGAGGGCCAGUCAGCUGCUGGCUACCCUUGCUGGUGAUUCAGGUGCUGAGUCUCCAGAAGAGGGUUCCAGUAGGGGUGUCCAUGCAUCUGCCCGAGAUGCUGCCAGCACGUCUGUCCGUGGGACAAACGUGAAGAUGGACUUCCAAUCAGCCUAUGACAAACUGUUGGCCACUCACCCGGUGAGUCUGGAAGGGGGCGUGCCUAACAGGACUGCGCGCAAGGAGGUAUCGGUAACCUUUCAGUGGCAGAUGUACGAGCGUUGGCUGAAGGCACAGAUGAGACUGCGCAUGCAGCAUGUUCUUGUGUACUUCUGCCGACGUCGUCCAACUGAGAAUAGAGUCAGGGCCUGGAUAGCAAAGCAGGGUUGGAAGAGCAACCUCCCCAUUGCUGCCAACAUCAUCAGGGAGUGGAAGCCCUCAGGAUAUGAAGACAUGGUCAUGGACUCUAAACAGAUCCAGAAACUGACCAGUUCACAGAAGUGGAGAGGACUUCUGGUCAGUGACAUUGAAGGGAAGGGCAAGGGAGUCAUUGUGACUCGAAUUUUUCAGACUGGUGAGGUGGUCUGUGAUUACCAUGGGCGGGUCAUCACAGCCAAAGAGGGCGAGGACAUUGACAUGAACACCAGUGAGGAGGGGACUGGAUACAUGUUCUUUUACCGGAACACAAAAGGGCAGCCCAUGUGCAUCGAUGCGCAUUCAGCUCUUUGUGAGUGCCACCCUGAACGAGAGACUGUUGGAAGGUUCAUCAACCAUUCAAAAGCAGCAGCCAACCUAAGGCCAAGGUUGUACACUGUGGUAACAGAUGGGGAGGAAAAAGAUGUUAUUCUUUUCCUUGCAACCAGGGACAUUGAGGUCAAUGAAGAGCUCCUGUUUGACUAUGGAGCGGACAGGAAGUCUUUUCGUAGUGAAGGCCUAAACUCUCCUAAAUUCGUCAGGCCUUGGCUCUCCUAGAUUUUGCCAGAAGCCCACCUUUGAUACAUGAUCUCCUUUCCAACACCUCUUGUUUGUGUCCCAGAACUCUGUACAUAUGUGUGCAUUAUGUGAAAACUUACAGACUUCUAUAUAGUUAUUGUAAAAACUCUGUGCAGCAAACAAUAAAGUUAGUGUGCUUUAACUUCA